AUUAUUUUCAACCCAUUCUAAUCGUUGUUUAAUUGGCUCAUAUAGUCGCUGUACAACGAGGCUAUCUACAUUUGGUAGGAAAAUAUAGUUUAGUUUUCCAUAUAUUUUGGAAACAAGUGGUAAUCUCUAGCCUUUUCAGUAUAUAGUGGUAAUGUACUUGAUAGUGAUUUAUUGGGUUGUUUUCGAAACUCUGUAGUAAUGGUUUUGUGAGCGAGUAUUAAAAUCUAGAAAAUUUUCACUCGUUGCAAUUAUACUUGCCACAAAUUUUGCGAGUGACGUACCAAUACGAAACAAGAACCCCCAGAGAAAAUUAAUCUACCUAUUUAAUAAAAAGAGUAUAUUUGUAGUACGAGGUUGUGUUUAUAAUAUUUCAUCAUAUUGUGUGUUUUGAAGACCUCGGAGGGUUUAAUUUAAAAACUGCAUUUUGACACGAGGAGCUGGCUACAACAACAACAACAACGAGGAGCUGGAAAAGCCUAUAUAAAUACAAUUGUAAUAAAAGAUCAGGAAUAUUUGGGGUUUCAUAAUUAUCGCGGAAAGGCAAGUUUUAGAUAUGCUUAUAAAGAACCAGGAGUCCCUUAAAAGUUGGUUGGUGGUAGUACUGGAGCCUCUAUGUGAUGCAGACUCAUCUGCGCUAGCUCGUUACGUGUUAGCGCUGUUGAAGAAGGACAAACCCGAAAAGGAAUUAAAAAAAUUGAUGAUAGAACAAUUGGAUGUGUUCUUAGCUGAAGAGACAAAACCGUUUGUUGAACGGUUAUUCGAAGCUAUAAGCACGGAUGAUUAUUUUAGCAACGUUAUACUUCCUGCCACACAAAUAAAUGAAGAUUCUUUUACUGCAAAAGCCGGAGUUCCGGAAAACAAUGACGACACGAAGGAAGAUUUGGAUCAAGAAAUAGAAAAUCAUGCAAAUACCCAAGAUAAACUGCCGGAUACCGUUUGUGAUGAAAAGGAUCACACACCAACAAAGGAUGAUAAUAAUACCAAAGAAUUGCUAAACAACAGUAGUUUCGAAAACAAUAAAUCGGAUACGGCAGACCGCAUUGAGCCUUAUACUGCCACAGUUAAGUUAGAGACUAAUGUCGGUUCGAUAACGCAUCAUACAUACACCGGCGGUAACAGUCACCAUGUACGUAGUGCAAGUCCUCCAUUAAAGGCCAAUGCUGAUAAGGAGAAUCAACCACGUGAGAGUCGAAGACGACGCGCUUCACUUAGAUCACGUUCGCGGUCACGCUCACGAUCACGAUCUAAUGAUAGGAUAUCUCGUCGUUCCCGCUCUCGUGACCGCCGAAUAAACGAACGGGAAAAAAUGCAACGCCAAUUUCGUAAUAAAUCUCCGCCCAUGACUGAUUUAAGGCAUGUGGGUUACCAUGACAGGCGUCGGGGCGGUGGUGGAGGUGGUAGUGACCGCAGGCGAAUUGGAAAUGCUAGUAAUACGACUAACUCAGGCGAACGAUCACCUCGAUUUGUCGGCAGCGCUGGAGAAGAAGGCGGCCGUAAAAAUCGGCAAAAUCGCUCGAAUUCAAGAAGUCGAUCGCCAUCUGCAGAACGUGGAGGUAGAAGUAAAGUAUCUCCAAAUAUUUCGCGAAAUGUUCGCGGCUCUCCAGAUCGUCACAAUCACCACGCGCAUGGACAACUUGAUUCGGAAAAGAGACAAAGAUGUCGUGAUUUUGAUGAAAAGGGAUAUUGUGUUAGGGGAGAGACAUGCCCUUGGGACCAUGGGAUUAAUCCCGUGGUAUUUGAAGACAUAAAUAAUUCUGCGUUAAUAGGUAUGUCACUUCCAGAAUACAAUCCAGAUGUACCCGAUUUGUGGGUGAGAUCCACGACUGGAGCAGUGGUCGGAGUUUCUCCAAAUACGCUAAUGACAAGUGGAUCAGUUAUAGGUGGUGUUGGUGCCACUGGGAUAAAUCCCUUCACCGGUGUUGCGAGGGGGGCAGGAAUAUUACCCGUAGCAGGAGUUUCUGAUUCUGUAACCUUUCCUCAAGUUGGCUCUGGGGCGGAUAAACAAACCAACAACAGCCCUGUAGCCGCAGAAUAUACCCGCAAUUCUAACACAGGCGCAGGUUUCAGAGUAGGUACUCCCAUGCUACCUUUUCCUUUCAACACAUCGGCAGUAACAGCUCCUCUUCAACGAGAAUUAAUUCCAAUCCCUGUAGUUGAUGCAAGCAAUACCAAUUCAGGUGCUGAUAUAAGUCAAAUACAGCCAAGAAAACGACGAUUUGAAUUGGAAGAUUCAGUAGCAAUAGCCGAAAGUCCAACAAAACGUAAAAUGCCACUUAACAAUCGUCUUGGACCACGUUUACCAAGUAUUCAAAAUAACUGUUCUCUGGAACUGCGAAAGAUCCCACGCGGUCUAAAUACAAUCGCACAUCUCAAUAAUCAUUUCGCCAAAUUUGGGAAAAUUGUAAAUAUACAAAUAUCCUAUGAUGGUGAUCCAGAAGCGGCUAUUGUGACGUUUUCUGCACACGCAGAAGCAAACGUUGCAUAUCGCAGUACAGAGGCUGUGCUUAAUAACCGCUUUAUAAAAGUGUUUUGGCACAGUCAAGAAGUAGGCUCAUUAAUAAAUGACGUUGCUCCAAUGCCUGUAGGAAAUGCCCGAAAAAAUAGUCAUUAUCAUUUAAAUAAUGUACCUGCGGUACCAAUCCCUACCGCUGACUCAGCAAAAACUGCGAAUGAUAAUGUUUCAAAUCAGAGCACAGGGGCAUCGGGUAAUACAGUGACCACUUCAUCCACGAAUGAUACUUCAAACGUAACAAGCGUGACCACUCCCAUUGCAGCUGCCCAUGUUCCGCCAACAUCUUUACGCUUAAAAAAUAAUGUGCCACGCGGCCCCUCUUUAGGCGCUUCAAAUGCCAUUAUCCGUAGAAAGCAGGAAGAGCAAGCUAAAGCUGUUGUUCAACUUGCCAACGGCCUUCGUAAAAGAAAACAGGAACUUUUGCAGAGUUACGUAAAGCAAAUGAAAUCGGCGUUGGAAAUUGUGGAACGUUGUGAACAAAAUGAUGCCCAACGUACAAAAACACUUGAGACUAUCAAAGUUUUACAAGAAACCAUCGAUAAAUUACGUAAAGAGAUUGCCGCAGAACAAGAACAAAUCCACGCACAAAUGCAAAAUCAACAUCUGGCUCCACUAAAAAAGACUAAAGAGCAACAAAAAAAAGAGUUGCUUGACAUAGAACUCGAGUUGAUUGCUCAACAGCAAGAGGGCAAUGAUACAACAGCCAUACAAAAACGUCUGGAAGAGCUUCAGCGCAGUUUAGGAAUAGUUCCUGGAAGUGGUGCCGCUGGUGUUAUUCCCUCUCACACGCCUCCAACCAGUGACAAAGUGACGCAUUUUCCUCCCAGCCGAGCAAAUCCCCGAACUCGCUCCUCAUUUCCUGAAGGAUCCACGCGCGUUGAUCGCCGACCGAAAGCAAUUGUUGUUACGGGAUUUACGAGUGAAGAGGCCGAUUUUGUGCUUGGUCACUUUAAGCAUUUUGGUGAAAUAACCAAACACGAUAUGGACAAGGAAAUACCACAACUUAUUUUGUCUUAUGCUACCCGGAUAAAUGCAGAGCAAGCUGUCAUGCGUGGGAAACUUUUUAAAGAUAAGCGUUUACAGAUAUCCUGGGCACCGGUCGUAUCUUCAACGGCGGCUAAUCCGGGAGCUUUUAUUACUGAUAAAUCAGCUAAUCAAGAUGCAAAGUCGAAUACUUUGGAACCUAUCAAAUUGGUCACAUCACCCAACACUAGUGAUAAACAUAUUAAUGAUUCGGAAAUUACUGGGGAAACAUUACCUGAACUCCGUCUUGAGGACGAAGAGGAAGAUGAGGAGUCUGAGGAUCGAUCCUGGCGACGCUGAUCGCGGAAAACCGCUGAGUCUAUAGUUUGAUGUUGCUUUAGUGUUUAUAUUAGUUAAAACAGUGUCAUAUGACGACCUCAGCAUAACGGAAAUAAGUAAAUAGAAAAUUUAGCACAUGAUAAUUAAUUUGAAUCUGAAUCAUGGUUAUAACCAAUAUAAUUAAAUUUCUCACAUAAAUUCCGAUUUAUUUAACGCAUAUCGCGGCGCGGCGUCGAAUAUUUGCGAUAUUAUUCUUUACCUUUAAUUAUUUACAGAGAUUCUGUAUCUAGUUGUUUGCAAACACAUAUCCGCUUUGAUACGAGGUAUGUUAACAACAAGAUUCGUUUAGAACUAAAAUGAUAAAUAAAAUUAUAAUCAAGUCAAAGGCAUAAAAGCAAAAAGUCCAUAAAUGUAUAAAAGAGUUUAUGAAUACCGCGGUUACCUAUACGAUUCAUCUACAAUAUAACAAAAUGUAAUACAUAUUCAAGUUGUAGGUAGCGAGUCAUAUUCUUAUAUACAUAUAAUUAUACAUAUAUUUACAGAUUUGAGUAUGCGAUAGUGAUAGGAUUAUAAAAGACCUGCAAUUCUACUCAAUUAAAUUAAUGCUAUCCACCACUCACAGCCGUUGUAUGAAUUAACCUUUGUAUUGUUACUAAAUUCCUUGUAAUUUACUAUUUUUUCAUGCAAUUUGAUUAGUUAAGAGUUUCAUGUUGAAUCAAUCCUAAACAAGCAAUCUUAAAGAACUUUACUGUAACAAAUAAAAAGAUGAUGGCAUCUUUUAUAUACAUACAUAUUAUUAAUAAAUAAAUAAAUAAUGGUAUAGCAUUCGCUAAUAGUUUCACAAA